AAUCACUUUCAUCGGGAAAGUCAUUCAAAUUUGUAGUCAAAAAUUCUGCCUAGGCCUCACACCUUGUUUUCUCCAGCUUUCAGCUUUCUCAUACAUAUUUCAAACAGAUUUCUCUCCGUUUUUCUAUUCACCAAUGGGUUCCGUGAUCAGUUCUAUGCAAAUGCCCCAGCCCCUGGUGAGCAUGGAGAGUACCCAGGCCAUCUUCGUCCGCGAGAUAAUCGCCAACAACAAGGUGGUGAUCUUCAGCAAAUCCUACUGCCCCUACUCCAGCAUGGCCAAGGAACAGUUUCGCAAGAUGGACGUUAAGCCCGUGGCGGUGGAGCUGGACCUGCGAGAAGAUGGCGCCGAGAUCCAGGCAGUGCUGGGCAGGAUGACGGGGGCCAAGACCGUGCCCCGGUGCUUCAUCAAUGGCAAGUUCGUGGGCGGCGGCACCGAUGUGAAGCGACUCUACGAUCAGGGCAUCUUGCAAAAAUAUUUCAUGUGAUAUUCAAUUUUCAGUUUUUUUUUGCAAAAAUUCAACAAGUUACAAGUCCAUUGAAAGAAAAAAAAAGAUUUAAAGUUAUAUAAAAUAAACUAGCUAUGGCUAGGAUACAAAAUA